UUGCAGGUGAGCAAAUUCAUCUUUGACUCAUAUCGCGUUUUGACCGCUUGGACAGGAGUAGAUGUUAUCGUUCGGAAUGCAGAUAUUCUACGGCGGCAAGGGCCGUUUGUAUUUGUUUGUAAUCAUCAGAGUUCCCUGGAUAUUGUUGUUCUCUCACACUUCUGGCCACCUCGUUGUACAGUAAUGAUGAAGCAGUCACUGAAAUAUAUACCAUUCUUCAAUUUUGCUUCAUUUUUGGCACAAAUACCAAUUAUUCCAAUUGUUAUUUCCUCUUACAAACCAUUCUACUCCAAAGAGUCACGGUGCUUUGCUGAUUCGGGUUAUGUUGUGGUUGAAGUUAUGGAGCCUAUACAGACUACUGGUGUAAGUUACCUUCGUAAUCCACCAGUGCAUUUCAGUGCUGUUGCUAUUGCUCUUAUAGUUUAUUCUUUUUCAUCCCUAAGUUUCACAACAUCUUAG